AAUUACUUUUUUUCUUUUUAGAAAACGCCAGCAAGAAGGUAAACUUGAAGGAUUGUGACCUCUUCCACGUAAUAUCUUGGCUGUACAACAAGCAGCCAGAAUGUCGGGGGCUUCUGUGAAGGUGGCUGUUCGGGUCCGGCCCUUCAACUCUCGAGAAACCAGCAAAGAAUCCAAAUGUAUCAUCCAGAUGCAAGGCAAUUCUACCAGUAUUAUCAACCCAAAGAAUCCCAAGGAAGCGCCAAAGUCCUUCAGCUUUGACUACUCUUAUUGGUCCCACACAUCGCCCGAAGAUCCCUGCUUUGCAUCUCAGAGCCGUGUGUACAAUGAUAUUGGGAAGGAGAUGUUGCUGCAUGCCUUUGAGGGUUACAAUGUAUGCAUUUUUGCCUAUGGACAAACUGGAGCUGGGAAAUCCUACACAAUGAUGGGCAAACAGGAGGAGAGCCAAGCAGGGAUAAUCCCCCAGCUAUGUGAAGAAUUGUUUGAGAAAAUCAAUGACAACAGCAAUGAAGAGAUGUCGUACUCUGUAGAGGUGAGUUACAUGGAGAUUUAUUGUGAGAGAGUCAGAGACUUGUUGAACCCGAAGAACAAAGGCAAUUUGCGGGUGCGAGAGCAUCCUCUGCUUGGCCCUUACGUGGAAGAUCUGUCCAAGUUAGCAGUCACAUCUUACACAGACAUUGCAGACCUCAUGGAUGCUGGAAACAAAGCCAGGACUGUGGCAGCUACCAACAUGAAUGAAACUAGCAGUCGCUCUCACGCUGUGUUUACAAUUGUCUUUACUCAGAAGAAACACGAUGCAGAAACUGAUCUUUCCACAGAGAAGGUCAGCAAGAUCAGCCUUGUGGAUCUGGCAGGGAGCGAGCGAGCUGAUUCAACUGGUGCCAAAGGAACCCGAUUAAAGGAAGGAGCAAAUAUAAACAAAUCUCUCACGACUCUGGGCAAAGUUAUUUCAGCAUUGGCAGAGGUGGUAAUAAAAAAGAAGAAGACGGACUUCAUACCAUACAGAGAUUCUGUACUGACAUGGCUUCUUCGAGAAAAUCUAGGUGGUAAUUCCCGAACUGCUAUGGUUGCUGCUUUGAGCCCAGCAGAUAUCAACUACGAUGAAACUUUGAGCACUUUAAGAUAUGCUGAUCGUGCAAAACAGAUUAAAUGCAAUGCUGUUAUCAAUGAAGAUCCAAAUGCCAAGCUGGUGCGUGAGCUGAAGGAGGAGGUGACAAGGCUUAAGGAUCUCUUGCGUGCCCAAGGGCUGGGAGAUAUCAUUGACAUUGAUCCAAUGGGAGAUGAAUACUCUGGAAGUGGAGGCAAAUAUCUGAAAGAUUUUCAGAACAAUAAGCAUAGAUACUUGCUAGCCACCGAGAAUCAACGUCCUGGCAAUUUUUCCACAGCCUCCAUGGGGUCCCUCACUGCCUCUCCGUCCUCCUGCUCUCUCAGUAGUCAGGUGGGCUUAACAUCUGUGUCCAGUAUACAGGAAAGAAUCAUGUCAACGCCUGGAGGAGAAGAGGCAAUUGAGCGUUUGAAGGAAUCUGAGAAGAUCAUUGCAGAGCUGAAUGAAACGUGGGAAGAGAAGCUGAGGAAAACAGAGGCCAUUAGGAUGGAAAGGGAGGCAUUGUUGGCAGAAAUGGGAGUUGCCAUUCGGGAAGAUGGAGGAACACUGGGAGUCUUUUCUCCUAAAAAGACUCCUCAUCUUGUAAACCUUAAUGAAGAUCCACUCAUGUCUGAAUGUCUGCUCUACUACAUCAAAGAUGGUAUUACCAGGGUUGGCCAAGCUGAUGCUGAGCGAAGGCAAGACAUCGUAUUGAGUGGGGCUCAUAUCAAAGAAGAGCACUGUAUCUUUCGAAGUGAGAGGAACAACAAUGGUGAAGUUAUUGUUACUUUGGAGCCUUGCGAACGAUCAGAAACUUAUGUUAAUGGCAAGCGGGUUGUGCAGCCUGUGCAACUGCGUUCAGGAAAUCGUAUCAUCAUGGGUAAAAACCACGUCUUCCGAUUCAACCACCCAGAGCAAGCACGAGCAGAAAGAGAGAAAACUCCAUCAGCUGAGACUCCCUCUGAGCCUGUUGACUGGACGUUUGCUCAGAGGGAGCUUCUGGAGAAGCAGGGCAUUGACAUGAAGCAAGAGAUGGAGAAAAGAUUACAAGAAAUGGAGAUUUUGUAUAAGAAGGAGAAGGAGGAAGCAGAUCUCUUGUUGGAGCAGCAAAGGCUGGAUGCAGACUCUGAUAGUGGGGAUGAUUCGGACAAGAGAUCGUGUGAGGAGAGUUGGAGACUGAUCACUUCCCUGAGAGAGAAGCUGCCCCCCAGCAAGCUCCAAACCAUUGUAAAAAAGUGUGGCCUCCCCAGCAGUGGGAAGAAACGAGAGCCUAUUAAAAUGUACCAGAUCCCCCAACGCCGACGCCUUAGCAAAGACUCCAAAUGGGUUACCAUCUCAGACUUAAAGAUCCAGGCUGUGAAAGAGAUAUGCUAUGAGGUAGCGCUCAAUGACUUCAGGCACACUAGACAGGAGAUUGAGGCUUUGGCCAUUGUUAAAAUGAAGGAGCUUUGUGCCAUGUAUGGGAAAAAAGAUCCAAAUGAGCGUGAAUCAUGGCGAGCUGUUGCCCGUGAUGUCUGGGAUACGGUAGGAGUUGGAGAUGAGAAAAUUGAAGAUGUUAUGGCCAACGGUAAAGGAAUAACUGAUGUGGAUGACCUUAAGGUGCAUAUAGACAAGCUGGAAGAUAUUUUGCAAGAAGUGAAGAAGCAGAAUAACAUGAAGGAUGAAGAGAUAAAAGUUCUUAGAAAUAAGAUGCUAAAAAUGGAGAAGGUAUUACCUCUGAUAGGGUCUGCAGAGAAAGCUCAGGCAGCUGUGGCUAACGCUAAGUCUCCAAACUCUGCUGGUGUAGCGGAUGUGGACAAGAAGCCCACAGAUGACAUAAGAAGAAGUGACAAUGAUGAACUUGCUAAAGAGGAGCGUGUUUCUCAGCUAAUGGCAGGUGACCCAGCUUUCAGACGUGGGCGAUUACGUUGGAUGAGGCAAGAACAGAUUCGAUUUAAAAAUCUGCAGCAGCAGGAAAUAGCGAAACAGCUUCGUCGACAAAAUAUGCCUCACCGGUUUAUCCCGCCUGAAAACCGCAAGCCCCGGUUUCCUUUCAAAAGCAACCCCAAACAUAGGAACUCGUGGAGUCCAGGUACUCAUAUAAUUAUCACAGAGGAUGAAGUUAUUGAGGUUAGAAUUCCAAAAGAUGACGAUAAGAGCAAAGAUGAAAACAAAGAAAAAGAAAGUAGAGGUGCUUCUAAAGACCCUCAGCAGCUGUGGAAUCUUUAUGGCCCCCAGAGGAAUCAAGAUAAUAUCCAGAUUAACAGGCAGCAGCUGAACGCGCAGUCACAGCCUAGCAAUCAGCAGCAGCCAUCGCCUCAGUUGCGCUGGAGAAGCAAUUCUCUCAACAACGGCUCUCAAAAAACCCUGCGGCGUCAGACCUCGGGCUCAUCCGAAUCCCUGUGCAGCGGGCAGCAGAACCCAGACCUGCAGACUUUCCAGCAGAAGCGGCACAUCCACCAGCACCGCCAGCCUUACUGCAGCCCCGGCGCUGGAGGCGGCGCGGAAGGCAAUGCAGCCAACAGCCACCCCAGACAGACUGAGCGGCCCAACCACUACAACCAGUUUGUGACACCCCCGCGGAUGAGGCGCCAGUUCUCGGCACCGAACCUCAAAGCGGGCAGAGAGACCACAGUCUGAGCAGUUGGCCAAGGCUAGUCUUGGGGAGGAGAGAAGCAGGGGCAAUGCUGGCUUCUUUUGAAACGGCCAGGAUUGGCUUUGCUUCUGUCUUGGGUUUGGCCAGGUCGAACUUGAGUAAUUUGGCACAAGGUACCGGCCCUUCAGCCCGUUUGGUUUGCAUGUGACUUGGUGCAGUUCUAACAGCAUCGAUGGGAAGAAAAUUCUGAAAAAUUGUAAGCACAUUCUCCAUAGACUAGAAGAUUUGGAGGGAGGGACGUGGACGGGAGAACUUCUCUGCUAGCACAUUUACCAAUUUUUUUUGUGUGUGUCUUGGAGUAUUUUUCUAAUGUUGAAAAUAUUGUCUGGAACUUACAAAGUACUGCCUUCCUCCUGUGUUUUAUGUAGACAAUCAAAAGAGGAAUUUAGUUUAUAGCAUUGAAUGUUUCUUGUGCCUUUUUUCUUUUUUUUUUUAAAUAAGGAAACUGACCCUCUGUUUUUAAAUUGAUCUGGCUCUUCAGUACAGCAUUUUCCACUCUUAACUCAAAUUCUUAAUAAUUAUCUAUAAACCAAAAGUUGGCUGACAAGAUGUGGCUUUUUGUGUAGAGAAAGGAGGAAGAGCUGUUGGGCCACAACAGUCCUGAGCAGGACAUGGUUUUGUCCUUCUGCUGAACUUCAUAAUUGUUGGUAUGAAAUUGCUGUGACAGUUAAACUUGUCUGAAUGGAAUUUUAUGUCAGAAUAUAUAUAUGAUUGAAGCAAUAAUUUGGAAAUAAGAUUUUUCUAAUUCCCAUCGCAUCUCUAAGUGGAAUAGUUUUUAAUUAUUACACGGGGUUGUGAAAAGGAUCUGGGAUUUUUUGGUUCUCUGAAUGGUGCAGAAAGAAACCUCAUAGAGCUAAUUCUUACUUUAGGUUUCCAGUUUUCUUGGGCUGUGAGUCUGGGGAUACUCUUGAAGUAGUUAUUCAUAGGAAGAUGUAUAGAUUGCUACUUUGAAUUGGCUGGGAUUGAGACAGGAGAACACGACUGUUUCAUCCUAAUGUGGUACCUCAUCUUAGUGCCUUUGGUCUUGGAUUUAUACCCCUGUUUCAAGACUUGUUUUAACCAAGGAGAAGUUCACAUAUAGGAGAGAAUAAUAUUAGUUUUCCUUCUCCCCACACUCAAAGUGCAAGUUAGAAAUUUGAAUAUCUAUUUUUAAUCUGAAGCGUCUGUAAUUGCAAGUGGUUUUCCGUAAAACAAAUGUUUGCAGAUCUCACUUCAGAUUGUUUCAAACAAAUUACAGAAAAAAUGCUAAUUAAGAAAUAACUUCUAUAAAUUCGGGAUUUUAUCCCACUUUUAAUUAUAAGCCUCUUUUCUUUCUGAAUUUCUGAAAGUGCAAAGUAAAAUAGAACGUAUUUCUGAGAAUCAGUGGACAAAACGUAAGCCAAUGUAAAGCUUUGAGGAGAACUUAUUUUUGCUGUUAACUUGAAAAAAAAAAAAAUUAAAAACCCACCAUGGCUGCUAUGCCAGAUUUGGUGAGAUUGAUCCACUUUGCAGUGCAUUUGUACAGCUGAAUGACUUGUGCUGUUUUGCACGAAUAUCCUUGAUUUACUUGAGGUUGCUUGUUUUGUUUUGGUUGAAAUAGGAGCCCUACUGGUAAUCAUUACUUCUACAUGUUUCAACAUAGCUGAAGAAAAGUAGGAAGUGCCUCAAGCUUACUUUCCUUUUUGUUUUUGUUUCAUGUCCUAUCCUUUUUUUUCCCAACUGUGCAUGGUAUGAGUGCUGGUUGUAACACAUGGCAACCAUGCAUCAUUUGUGUAUUGUUUAAUCAAGCGUUAACACUGCAGCCUCUGCACACGUGUUACUGAUAGAACACUGCCCUCUGAUACAGGAGAUCCAGAGUCAGUCCUCUGACAGCCCUACCAGAAUGAUCCCACCAUUUGGGAUGGGUUUGUUUUCCCAACAGAUUUAAUUUGUUCACCUGUGGCGUUGAAGUUUGCAUUUGUCUCAUGCUUUAUCCUACUUGAACAUAGUAAUUAAAACAUCGUGUCCAGAAUUGCCUUGAUUCUUCAAGUAAAACCUUGUAGAUGAGCAAUACUUCGAGCCUGAGACAAAUUUGCAAAAUGACAUUUUGGGCUGCAAGUACUGUGCUGUUGCCUUUCUGUUGAGAAUUUGGUUUUAGCAGUGCACUGUGCUUUACCCUUGAGGUGCACAGAGUUCUUUCACAUCCUUAGGAAGGCUUGGGCUCUUUUAAAAUGUGGAAAAUCCUUUCAGCUCUGUGGGAAUACAUGAUUAGGGGUGCAUUAAGUGGUAAGAGAAGAACAAAUCAGUAUUUUCUUGUCUCAUUUGUCUGUUGAGGAUUGUGGCUACCUCUGCAAAGUCUCCACGUGAUUUGAGGUCCACACAAGCACACGUACUGACAUGAGGCUGAAAAUCCUGCUAUUUGUUGCUUAAGUACUGAAGGCUUGUUUUUUGCCAACUUCUGAGAAGAAAUACCUCUAAGUGCCUGGAUGGUGAUGACAAAAAUGAACAGUAGGUUACCAUCAAUCUGCUGCCUCACUGUUUUAGUGCAGAGCUAGAGCAACAGCCCUGCUUGUGUCCUUGUCUUGUGGUUUGAUGACAAAGAAAUAGGAGCAGAGGCUGUCAGGAUAGAGUCCAAGGAUAGAGUCAAAGGAGGCAGCUUUCUUCCUGAGUUUUAGAAGGAUACUAUGCAAGUGAAACUUGGGGGAAAAAAAAAUCCUUUAAAAUAGUUAGUCACUUUUAGAAUUGAGUAUUAAUGAAAGUGAAGUGCCUCGUCUUAAAAGGGAAGCAGUGUGAGAACUCAUGGAUCUCCUUGUAGCAGUCAGAGAUACGCACACUUCUCACUUUUAUUUGCCCAGUAGUGCAGAAUGAACACUAAUGCAGCUGCUUGCGUAGAAUACUGUGUGAAAAGGCAUUCAGGUUAACAGAAAUGUUGCAUCCAUGAUGGGAGUGCUGUUGUAGUAAGUUUGAUUGCCAUUGCUAAGUGCUGAUGUGCUGUCUGCUUUGACAGCUGGCUAAUAUCCACCUGUGCCAUAGUGAUCAUUUCUUAAAUAUCCUUAAGGCUCACUAGGAACACGUGGAUUAGGGAUUGGGUGGGGAAACGCAUGCCACUAAUGCUCCUCUGAUUGACUUUAACAUCCUUUCUCACGCCAUGUGGAUGCAGGGAUCUGUCGAAUUAGAGGAUGCUAUUUUUAUCAGUGCGUUCAGCACGGUAUCAAUAUUUCUCUCACUGUUUGUCCUUUAUCCCUUAUAUGUUAAAAGUUUGUCCUUUAUAUGUUGAGAUUUGACGUUGACACUAUCCUUUGAAACUCUUGAGAAGCUGCCAAAUAAGAAUUCUAUGCUGUGUGCCCAUUUGUACUGUAAAGAAAGCAGUGAACUGCCUUUGAAUUAAAUGGGAUUUUUGGAUCUGUCCAUUGUUUUAAGAGAAAAGCAAUUUUUGGAUUGUCUUAAGAGCAAGGAUCUGCCUCGUGAAAGCAGAACUGGUUUGUAUUGUAACAAGUGCUCUUUCAAUAAACUAUGAAAUACUCUUGUAA